UUACCGCCACCUCGCCCUGCUCCAUCUCUACCUAGAAUCGACUUGCUAUCGGUUCGAGCCGACUCUUAUUGGCUUGGGUUCAGCUCUCGCACCAAUUCUCACCACCGUGGCUCACCAUCGAUCUCUCUCUCUCUCUCUCUGUGCGCAGGGUUCAGUCUCAUUCACACUACCGUCGAUUCUCUCUCCCAGCGUUGCCGUCGGUUGCUUUGACACGGCUGGUCUCUCGGAUUCCCGCUAUCCUCAGCAUAUUCAAAUGAAAUUAUGGUCGCUUGACAACUAACUAUGCUACAAGAAAUAUAGUUAUAUGGCAAAAUCUUUGUUUCAUAAUCUUCGCAGAGCUUCUCUGCUUUUCAGGUCUUCAUCUCUGAACCAACCAUUUUUCAGACCUGUUUUUGGGGUUCCUGACUCUACUUUCUCUCAUAUAAAAAUCUUUCCUCUGCUGAACAUCUCAAAACCUUUGUUGGGAUUUAGAAAUUUAAGCUAUGGUUCCGUGAAUCUUGUCAUAUCCCAAGGGAAACCAAAGUUUGAAACACAUGAAGUGGAUCCUCCAAAAAAAGAUAAGUGGAAGACUAAGAAAAAAUUGAAGGUGCAGCGAAAGAGAGAGAAGCAGAAAAGAAAAGCAGCAAAUAAGAAAGACCCUCGUCAACUGCGUGUAAAGGGGAAGAAAAAGCAGAAAUUUUCAAAUGCAGAAGAGAGAAUCAAGCACAAGCUUGAAAAGGCCAGGAUUAAAGAAGCAUUGCUGAUUGAGAGAUUGAAGCGGUAUGAAGUUCCUAAAGUUCAAGGUCCUGUGGUGGAGCCACACAAUCUGACUGCAGAGGAACGGUUUUAUAUGAAGAAAAUGGGUCAAAAGAGGUCUAAUUAUGUACCUAUUGGAAGAAGAGGAGUUUUUGGAGGUGUGAUUUUAAACAUGCACAUGCAUUGGAAGAAACACGAAACAGUUAAAGUUUUUUGCAAACCUUGUAAACCUGGCCAAGUGCGUGAGUACGCACAGGAAAUUGCAAGAUUGAGUGGAGGAAUCCCGAUACAGAUAAUUGGUGAUGAUACUAUCAUCUUCUAUCGAGGAAAGGAAUAUGUGCAACCAGAAGUUAUGUCACCAAUUGAUACAUUGUCUAAGAAACGGGCACUAGAAAAGUCCAAGUACGAGCAAUCCCUCGAGUGUGUUCGCCGAUUCAUUGCCAUUGCUGAAAAGGAACUGGAGCUAUAUUACAGGCAUGUUGCACUUUAUGGUGACCCAAAUGAUAGGAAUCCAUUGUCCAUCUUAGACCUUCCAUCUGACAACUUGAAGAACUCACAGAAACAUCAGGUCGAUGAAAUGGAAGACUCUCAUUCUGCUGCUCUUUGCUUAGCAUCUGAUGUUAUGAACAAGCAAAAUCCUGAAUUUUCGGAUGACGAAUCGUUAGAGAUUGGAGAAGAAUUUGCAGAUUCCUGCUUUUCUACAAGUGAAUCAGAAUUUGAAAGUGACAUAUUAGAUGAUUUUGAACAUGGGAGGAUCGAAGGAAGUUUUUCUCAGACAGGAGAGAUGUCCUCAACCACAAUGAACACUUGUUCAGCUUCCCAGAACAAAUUUGAGUAUCAUAACCAAGAACUACCGAUACACAUAAAAAUGACAUGAGACUGCAACCUGAUUUUUUGUUCGACUUCAAUGGAUCUAUGAUCCAAUGAAAACAGUUCAUGGAUGUAUACCGAAACAUUUUCAGAAAUUAUAGUAACUAACCGUUUCUAAGAUGA